UGCAUUCAGUUGGCUGAUCGUUCAGUCAAAUAUCCCCAAGGGAUUGUUGAGGACGUGUUGGUUAAAGUGGACAAGUUUAUUAUUCCCGUAGACUUCGUUAUUUUGGACAUGGAUCAGGAUCGAGAGGUACCAUUGAUUUUAGGCAGACCAUUCUUGGCAACUGCCAGAGCACUUAUUGAUGUUGGAGAUGGUAAGCUUGUCCUCCGCGUUGGGGAUGAGACUGCCACCUUUGAUAUGUCCAAAAUAAUGAAGAGGCCCUGUCAGGAUAGCGGAGAGUGUUUUUAUUUGGAUGACAUAGAUUCGAUGGUGGAGGAUUGCACCCCUAACAUGCUUUCUAAUGAAGCCCUUUCAGACCUUUUGUUUGAGGACAGUGUGGCAGCAGAGGAUCUUGAGCCCCUCCCUAGUUUCGAUUGUCUUAUGAUUAGUGGAGAGGAGGACUCAACUGAUGCUAGUUCUGUGCAGGGGACAGAAGAUGAUUUAGAUAAGGUGGAGAAGAAAAAUUUUCAGCCCGAUUCCUUUUUUGUUAGCCCUUCUCCAUUAAAUCUAAAGUCUCUUCCCUCCCACCUUAAGUAUACGUUUCUUGAUGACAGUCCUGACCCCCCUAUUUUUCUUGCAUCCGGGCUUGAGCUAUCCCAAAAAUCAGCAUGUCUUAAUCUACGUAGUGAACAAAGGGAAGCUCUAGACCGGAAAAUUUCUGACACAAAUGGGAUUAGUCCAUUCUUUGACCCAUUCUUUGCUAAAGGGCCUGAUAAAGGCCCCGAUCCAUUCUUUUGCUUUACGGGUGACCCUGAGAUGCGUAUUUGUUUUCAUGAAUUUAAGGUCUUACGCCAUCUCAGGGCAUUUGUUGAUAGGAGUUUUGAUUUGUGGAAGACUAAUUCUCUGAGAGGGAGUAUCUUUGAUUGAGUUUUUUUUUUUUUGAUGAGGUGGUUGCGUCGGGCAAACGACGUUAAAAAUAGCGCUUCUCGGGAGGCAACCCGAGCUUUUUUCUACUCUUGUUUUUUCUUUUGCGUUGUUUGUUGUUUGGUUGUUUUGCUUUGUGUUUUUGUUGCAGCCCAGGGUCUUGUUAUAGGGAGGAUGUGCCGAGGAUCAUUGACUCAAUUUAGUUCUGCACCGGCCAGCGCUAUAGGGGAGUUUCCAUGAUUCUUUUUACUCGAUGCGUAAUGUUAACUUGAGUUGAUUUUGAGCACGCGUGACCCUUUCCUCUUUACCCCUAAUACAUAAUGCAUAUUUGGUCAUCGAGGACGAUGCCAAAGUUUAAGUGUGGGGGAGUGAAUUGGGCAUUCGGGCAGUGGUUGUUACAUGAGAUUAUUAGAGUUAGCAUGCACAGGUGUUAGUUGUAUAUUCAUAAGAAAUUCAUGCAAAAUUUUUGAAAAUUUUUCUUUAAACUGUGUCUUUGUGAGCUGGCUAGCGUUUUGACUAUGCUUUUAGAACAUCUUUGAAGUGUUUAGGCUUAAAUUGCUUGCAUUAUAAUCUAGUUGUUGAAAGGAUGAAGGCAUUAGUCACCCAUUGAAUUUUCCAUUAAUCAUCUACCCCACCUGAAUAAAAUCCUUUAGGAGAAGCCAUUUUGAGCCUGACCAUUCUUUGUUACCCAAUUAAUUAAGCUCCAUAGUCAAAUGGCCUGUGUUCCUUACCCGUGAAUAUUUCUGACUUAGUCUUGAUGUUUAGGGAAUUAAGGGAUUAAUUUGCCAAGUUUAGGGAAUUUUGUGUAGGAGCCAUUUUUGGCACUGUUCCUAUGCCCCAAAUGGGGUAAGAGCAGUCACUUUUUAGGAAUUUGAUACUUUCGAGGAUUGCAUUGUAGGCAUGGAUUCACUUUUAAAUUAAUGAACUUAAAAUUGCUAUUUUUCCUUGGUGAGGCCGAGAUUAGAAUGGGGUAAUGUCUAGUGAGAAUCCGAAAGAUGAAAAAUUAAUAUAGCUAGACCUCUUGCCUUACGAAAAAGAGAAUGGGAGC